UACAAAAAUACACAACUCAAGCUCCCAUUCCAAAAAAUGGACUCCCAAAACCCCACGCGUCCCCUACUCUCCACCGCCACCACCAACUCCGACGAACAAUUCCUCCUCCGCUUCCACUCCAGCCUCAAAUACUGCGCGCUCGACCACUCCUCCUCCCUCUCCCGCACCAUCUCCUACCUCACUUUCCUCACCCUCACCGUCAUAAUCCCCAUCUCCUACUCCCACCUUCUCCACACCGCCGCCUCCUCCCUCCUCUCCGAACUCCCCGAAUCCAUCCUCGCCAUCAUCUCCUUCUUCACCCUCUCCUCCUCCUUCCAACACCUCCUCCUCAAUGGCCUCCGCCAUGACUCCCCCGCUGUCCGCCGCGCCUACACCCGCGAAAUCGACCGCGCCUUCCGUCACCUCGCUGCUAUUCUCCUCCCCUCCUUCGCCGUCCAACUCGCCCACAAAACAUUCCUCUUCGCCUCUCCGGCUGCCGCGCAGCCGUGGAAGGCUGCGGCACUGGCCGCCGCACUGGCUUCCUGGGUUUAUCGGACCGGGGUUUUCCUGCUCGUCUGCGUUUUCUUUAGAAUGACGUGCGAGCUUCAAAUUCUGAGGUUUGAGGAGUUUUAUAAGAUGUUUGAACAGGGAAGUGGGGCGGUGGCUGAGGUUGAGGCGGAGGCGGUGAUGUUUAGAGAGCAUUUGAGGAUAAGGAGGCUGUUGAAGGCUAUGAGUCAUAGGUAUAGGAUAUUCAUAAUUGGGUGUGUGGUGACUAUUACGGUCAGUCAGUUGGGAGCUUUGGUGAUAGUAUUCGCUACCAAAGGUGACAGGAAUUUCUGCAAUUCAGGUGAUCUCGUGGUAUGCUCGGUUGUUCAGCUGAGCGGUUUUUUGAUGUGUUUAUUUGGAGCGGCAAGAAUCACCCACAGAGCACAGAGAGUGGUCUCAAUCGCAAGCCGAUGGCAUAUGAUCAUGUCCUCUUCAUCCACCACCAAAUUGGAAACAAUCGUCAAUCAUGAUGAAUCAGACGGUGAAGAUUGCGAGUCAAAAAAUUCCUUCCAACCUCUAAUUUCACAAACACGUUCCAGUUUCGAGUCCCGACAAGCUUUAGUGACAUAUUUGCAGCAUAAUGGUGGCGGGAUCACAAUAUUUGGUUUUGCUCUGGAUAGGGGUUUGCUUCACACUCUCUUCGCGUUUGAGAUGACAUUGGUUUUGUGGAUUUUGAGCAAAGUUGUUGUUCUUUCUUAAGUGUUAGUAUUAUUAUUAUAUUUUACCAAGAAUAUUUAUAUAUAACAUACCAUGAUUCAAUGCAAUUCCAUGUCAUGAAAUCAUUCUUGUAUUUUGCUUAUUUAGAAAUUUGACAUUUGACGUAAUAUUUUAUAAAACAAGAUCCAACAAUAAAGUUGACU